AUGAACAGAUCCCCAUCGCUUUUAUUGUUGAAUUCUAGAACAUUUCUCAAGCCAGCCCACAAUCUCAGCAUCUUCAGAGCUCAUCUUCAGGGUAGACCUCAGGUAUUGAAACCAUUGAUACCAUACUGUGCUCGAUACUCCACCAAGACGGCACCACCACCACCACCCCCUCCACCUUCUGACAAGAAUGCCAAGGGAAAAGUACUUCUUAAUCGUAUCACCAGAGCUUUUACAUUCUCAUUAUCUUCAGUUCUCGUUCUUGGAGCUGCUGGUGUAGCAUUACUAGUGGUUUAUUUGAUCUUAUCGGAGUUGUUUCUUCCUUCUGGUGACACUCGGACGUUCAACAAGGCCAUCAAAUUGGUGGAGAAGAGCAAAGUCGCCCAGGACAUCUUAGGGUUCGAGCAGGGUGACAGAUUGAAAGCAUACGGCGAAACAGGUGGAGAUAAGUGGGUUCGUAAUAGACCAGUCCAUGGUUUAAGAUCAAAGGGCCAGGAUGGCAGCGAUCACUUAUUGAUGAGGUUCCAUGUUGAAGCGGACAACGGGAAGCAUGGUAGUGUUGUGUUGGAACAAGUGGACACCUCCUUCUGGAGCUCGGAAUUUGCGUACAUUGCGUUGGAUGUUCCAGGGUCUAAGAGAGCUUACAUUAUCGAGCCUAAGUUCCAAUCCAAGGGUUACGUUCCUAAGAUGAACGGUGGGAACGGAUUUUUGGGGCUCAAAUGGGGUCCAAAGAAAGAUGAAUAG